UCGCUCGCUUGCUUGCUUGCUUGCUCGCUUGCUCUCUUGCAACUCGCAUGCUUGCUUGCAUUGAUACCAAUGGAAGAAACUCAAGAUGGCGGCACCAUGACAAAGGUUUAUAUUAGGGACCUCUCACACGAGAACAUGCCAGUAGCCUACUUGAAUCAAGUCUACCCCAGAUGUCAUAUUAUACGGCCAAAUUGUCAUGCAUCGCUGCUUCCGCUUGGCUUUUUCCCGCUUAGAACAUAAAAGCCCCAUCUGGGUGAAUAUGAGUGAAUGUACACAAUGUUGCUAACGCCAUACGUUACUACACCACACAAAUACACACAAUAAGUGGCAGUAGUUCAACGUGAUUGGUAUUGAACUAGUUUCGGUUUCUCUUGAUGUGCAGAUACUGAAAUAUGAAUUUUGUCCACGACCGAUCGACAACAAAAUCGUUCAUUUAACUCUUGAUUGAAGCACUCAGACUGCCGUGCGUCUUCACCAUCAACGUUUUGAGGUUAACCCCAGUUGACCCCUCCGUCAUGAGGAUCCUACCUUCAUUGAGUUUCUCCAUCAUGAUAAUAAGCAUUCAACAUGUUGACAAGACACUUGGACAGGUGGGUUAUGAAGUACGGCUUGCAGGUAGUACCAGCUAUUCACAGGGCCGUGUUGAGGUGUAUGCAAACGGUGCAUGGGGAACAGUGUGUGAUGAUGGUUGGGGCAUCAAUGAUGCUACAGUGGUAUGCAGACAGCUUGGCUUCUCUCGUGCAACAUUAGCCACAUGUUGCGCCAACUUUGGCCGGGGUAGCGGGCGAAUAGUUCUGUCCAACGUUGCCUGCACUGGUUCAGAGAGUAACAUUGGACGGUGUCCAUCACGCACUCGUUACAUUAACUGUGACCAUAACGAAGAUGCUGGUGUCAUCUGCUUCGAUGGCAAUGAAGAUUUGGGUUAUGAAGUACGGCUUGCAGGUAGUACCAGCUAUUCACAGGGCCGUGUUGAGGUGUAUGCAAACGGUGCAUGGGGAACAGUGUGUGAUGAUGGUUGGGGCAUCAAUGAUGCUACAGUGGUAUGCAGACAGCUUGGCUUCUCUCGUGCAACAUUAGCCACAUGUUGCGCCAACUUUGGCCGGGGUAGCGGGCGAAUAGUUCUGUCCAACGUUGCCUGCACUGGUUCAGAGAUUAACAUUGGACGGUGUCCAUCAAGCACUCGUUACAUUUACUGUGACCAUAACGAAGAUGCUGGUGUCAUCUGCUUCGAUGGCAAUGAAGAUUCAUCCGGCUCAGGAAUGUCUCCGGUAGUUUAUGUAACUAUCUCGAUCUCAGGCAUGGGUGGUUGUGGCUUGGUUAUAUUGGUUGUGUGCAAGAUUUGCACAAAGAACAACGCAGUAUCACCGUAGAUUCGGUUCGCAGUUCAUGGGGACAAUGCACACAUUUCGGGUCUCGCCUUAGUUUCAUCUUAAUUUAUUGCAACAAUUCUUAUGAAUUCCGAGAACAAUUAAAAAUGAUGUUGCCAUUUUUUCUAUUGACCUUUAGUGACCUCGACCUGAGGUCAAAUGUCACGCAUCAUUUUC